CAUAAAAAUAAAGAUGGCUCAAAAACGGAUGAUAAACAACUUUCAACAGACAUACUUUGUAACCAAAAAUUAUCCACUCCUGAAAAAAUAAAUCAAAAUAAAGUAUCGUCUAUAAAUAUUGAAGUUGAACAAUUCCCUAUUAGAAGAAGAAAAACGGUAGUAGGAAAGGAUAAUAAUAGUAUUGAUCUAAGCAAUGUUAGAAAACAUUCUUGUGUUACUUAUUUGAGUUCACCAAUUAACAAUGAAUUUAACAAGUCAACUGAGAACGUUGAUAGAGAACCAUCAAGCCCAUCUCAACAAAAGAAUAAUCAAUCAAAGUGCGAUUUUGAUACCCUUACGUGUGCAAAUAAUAUAACAGAAUCUAAACACUUAAAUAAUUCUUUUAAAAGUUCCUCAGAAAAUAUACCUGUUGAAUUAAGUCCAACUAAUAAAACUGUGAUACCAUCUAUCAAUAUUGAAGUUGAACAAGGGUUCAUUUUUAGACAAUCUAAUGCAAGAAAAGUAAUAAUGCGUUUAACUUCUGACGAUAAACAAGAAACAAAGAAAGGGAGACAUGUUCAGUUGAUAACUAUAAAAGAUCAUUAUUCAAAACCAGUGCCUAUUUUUAAUGGUGCUAAAAAAACAGAUAUCGAUGUUAGCACAAAAUCUAUUCUUACAGAAAAAGUAGUGGAAAGUAGUAGUCACUUUUAUGUACCGCAAGUGAAAAGAAGAAGAACUAUGAACUUUGGCAGUGCUGAUUCUUAAUUCUUUAAUUUUUCAUGUUUCUAACAACAACUAUUUUAAAUACUAUACAACAAUUAGUAAUUAUCUAAUUCUCUAUUAUCUUAUCUAUAUAUACUUUAUUAAUUUUGUUAAAUUUGUAUGCAUAUUUCGCAUAAAUCAUGAUAACAAGGCUACUCAAGUAUAAAAAAAGAAGUUUUGAACAUAAUUAUUAUUGUCUAUAUGAGUAUUAAAAAAAAAAAUUUCAAAGAAGUUGAAUUGAACAAAAAUAGUUAAGAUUUUAUUAAUCAUACAAUAUGUAUUUUGUUUUUUUUUUCUAAAUUAAUCAACCAAUUAUUAAACUUUUUCUGCUUGACGUGCAAGAAGAAUAAACUAAGGCUCCAUUGUUGGAUUUAGGAAUAAGACGGAACAUACAAUGUAAAUUUAUUAAAAAUGUAGUUAACUUAAAUGCGACUUAACUUCAAAUUUAAGGUACCUGAAAUCCAGUGUUAAUAUCUCUAUAAAUAUAUAAUUUUUUUUAUGAUCAAAUAACCAUUUAGUAUUUAUUGAUUUGAUUAUUAUUAUUAUUUGUAAAU